CAGCUGCUAUUGCUAAAUGCUAGCUAAGCGGUUUCUGUUUUGCGGCUGUCCGCGGUUGUUCUCUAACAGGGUGUUGGAUAGAAAACCAAACUAAUUUCUUAGACCAAUAACACGCUUCAGAGAACCAGACUGUUUGUGUCGGACCGUGGGCAUGGCUCUGCAGGGCCCGGAGGAAGUAGGGGAACAGGUUGAAGAGCCGGAGGACCUGGACGAUCAGGACGCUAGCAGCAUCUCCCCAGCCGAGGAGAUAACCCUUCCACCCGGGCCUGGGGGCGACGAGGAGCCGGAGGAGGCAUUCCUCCUUCCGUGGGACCGCUUCUCCUCCUGGCUGCACUGCAUCUGUGUGGUCGGCUUCGACCUGGAGCUGGGGCAGGCGGUGGAGGUAAUUUAUCCUCAUCAUUCCAAACUGUCAGAGAAAGAGAAAACAAGCAUCUGCUACCUUUCCUUCCCUGACUCCAACUCAGGUUGCCUUGGCGACACACAGUUCUGCUUCCGCUUUCGUCAGGGAUCCAACAGGAAGUCGUCAAUGGGAUGUUUCCUGGAAAAUACGGAUCGAGACGCACCGCCCUGCCUGAAGCGGGAACAAGGCCAUUACUACGGCUACGUGUACUUUCGUCAGGUUCGAGACAAAUCCCUGAAGAGAGGAUACUUCCAGAAGUCUCUAGUCCUGAUCAGUAAGUUGCCGUAUGUGACCUUCUUCCACUCGCUGUUGAAGAUCAUGGCUCCAGAAUACUUUGAGAAGCAGGAGCCCUGCCUGGAGGCUGCAUGUAACGACAUCGACCGCUGGCCAGCGCCUCAUCCUGGAAGAGUCCUCACUCUGCCAACAAUGGGCGUUGUCAUCAAGGUUCGAAUCCCAACCUGUUACGAUAAACCGGGAACCUCCCAGUUGGUCCAGUCUGCCCAGAGCGACAGUCUAGUAUCCAUCGUACUCCCAACCAUCCAUGAAGUCGACCUGUUCAGGUGCUUCUACCCCGUCUUCUUCCACAUCCAGAUGCUUUGGGAGUUGGUGUUGUUAGGGGAGGCCCUUGUUGUCAUGGCGCCGUCGCCUGCAGAGUCCUCAGAAACUGUGCUGGCGUUGGUCAGCUGCAUCUCUCCACUGCGUUAUUGCAGCGACUUCCGGCCAUACUUCACCAUUCAUGACAGCGAGUUUAAGGAGUACACGACCAGGACGCAGGCGCCGCCGUCGGUCAUUCUGGGAGUGACCAAUCCCUUCUUCGCCAAGACCCUGCAGCACUGGCCGCACAUCAUCCGCAUCGGAGACAUGAAGCAAGCAGGAGAAGUGGCCAAGCAGAUGAAAGUGAAGAAACUGAAAAAUCUGAAAACUCUGGACUCUAAACCUGGUGUGUACACUGCAUACAAGCCAUAUCUCAACAAAGAUGAAGAAAUCAUCAAACAGCUCCAGAAGGGUGUCCAGCAGAAGAGACCAUCGGCGGCCCAAAAUGCAAUUCUUCGACGCUACUUUUUGGAGCUGACUCAGAGCUUCAUCAUUCCUCUGGAGCGAUAUGUCGCCAGCCUCAUGCCUCUCCAGAAGUCCAUCAGUCCCUGGAAGAGUCCUCCUCAGCUCCGACCUUUUGUCCAGCAGGACUUCAUGAAGACCCUGGAGAAAGCAGGACCCCAGCUCACGUCCAGACUCAAAGGAGACUGGAUUGGACUCUACAGGCAUUUUCUGAAGUCUCCAAACUUUGACGGCUGGUUCCGGAGCAGGAAAAAAGAAAUGACUCAGAAACUGGAGGCUCUGCACCUCGAGGCUCUCUGUGAGGAGGACCUUCAGCAGAGAAUCCAAAAGCACACAGAGGUGGAGGUGGUCGACCUGGUCCUGAAGCUAAAAGACAAACUGAGCCAGGCAGAGAGGGAGCAGCUCCCGGUUCGCCCAGGGACCCUGUCCAAACUUCUAUCCCACAUCGAGGCUGUCAUCCUGGCCUUACCAGAGGACCUGCAGGGCAUCCUCCAGAAGCCCCCCACGUCCUGAUCCUCCAGUUUGUAGCUCGUUAAGGAGGUAACGGGUCUAGUUGUUUGUGGAACUAGGUCCCGGUUGGAGGCCUGCUCGGGUCAAACAGGAAGUGCUCACAGAACAUUUGGGAUCAUGUGGUCUCAAAGCGAAACACUGGAUUACCCUGGAGCUGCCAGAUGAAAUCUUGAAUCAAAAAGAAAAGAGAGUUUAAUGGACUCUAAUCAGGUUCUCACAUAGUUCACUACUAAUCCUGAACCUGGCGGCGGGGCAGGGGCAGGAAGACGACCCCCUGCUGACCUUUUACCCUCUGAACAUUUUUACUUGUGAACAUGUGUGGUUGAAUUUGCCGCUGGGCUGCAGCAGUCUGACGGUAUUCAGAGUUUUCAUCCAAUGUUUUUUUUUAAAGAAGUGCACUUCAUCGCUGCCAGGACCGGAGAGCCUGGCAGUCUCACACACACCCGCACAAACGCACAGAUUUAUGCAAACAAACUGAACCGAGCAGAGCCAAGCAGUGCAUUAUAUUUAUAUUCCACUGAGAUGUUCUUUAUUGAAACACCUUAAACACAAACAGCAUAUAGAACCAGCAACCCUGAAAUAAUCAGCUGCUGUGAAGCGUUGCUCAGGAGCCAGUCACACCUGUACCAGUCUGUCGUAUUUCAGCAGGUAGCCACACCCAUCGGAGGAUCUGUGCAAAAAUUACCUGCAAUCUGCAUGGUGCAAGUUUUAGUUGUUUUUCUCUAAAGACUGAAUUUGUCUAAUUUUAACUGUAGAAGAAGCCACAACGGCCCGUUUUUCAAGGGAAAAGAACCAUUGCAACAGCAAAAAUAUCUAGAUCAUAAACAACAUUAAUAAAUAUUUGGAUAUGAUUAUUACAUUACAAGGUAAAGCUGUUGCUUUAUAUUGUAGUUUUUUUUUAUGUAAGCUUAUGUCAAAAAUUUAACAAAUGUAAAAAUGUUCCUAAAAGUACAUGAAAAGAUUAAUUAUUUAAUUUAAAAUGUAUGUUUUUGCACUUGUUUUUCUUUUUUUUUUGAUGAUUUGGGGCUUUUUACUGUGGAACAAUGUCAAAGUUGAGCCCAAUGCAAGAAUUCAUUCCAGUUGGCUGACCAGCAAAGAAACUAAUGCACACGUAAACAUACAAAAUUAUGUAAAGUUAUUACUUUAAUAAAGGAGGGACAGAGCUAAAAACUGUUUCAGCGGCACCAGAUGGUAAAGUUAACCUUGAAUGAACACUAGCUGCUCUUUCUUUAACAUCUGACAUUAUUUGUUCGCCUGUUCUGCUAAACUUGAGUCGGAUUUAUGCUUCAGAUGUGAUGAAUCACUGACAUUGAGAAGCUUUCAUCCUCUCAUCAUGGGCGUUCAUGUCGCUUUCACAGACAAAUCCAAACAAACAGCAUCUAUUGUUUUUAAUAACAUAAAACUAGAUGCACCAGUGAGGUCUCCACCUUCGUCCGCCACCCAAUCCUCUUUGCACCGGUCCCUCACGGUUCCCCCUGCAGGUGGUGGGCCCACUGGGGGAUGGCCUCGCGUCUCUCGUUCGGGCUUGGCCCGGCCGGGU